GCAGGCUGCAAUUUCCACGCUUUCCACUGCACAGAGUAACAAACUUGUCGCUCAGCCACCCCUAACUGCUGUGUGCACGUGUAGAAAGAGAGAAAUAUGGAGUAUACUUUUAUAUCCUCCUCUCUGUGUGAGAAUGAAUUAUAACCCCACUGCAGCCAGCACGAAUUAAUGUGUGCACGAGACUAAUUCCUAAAUUCAGGCAUUGCCAUAGGAGACACUUUGGAGAAAAACUGUGUGCAUCUUCUGGUCAUUUCAAAACACCAUCCUGAAGUGAGAGUACAGUAGUUGCAGUGUUUUGGGUGACCAUGUUUUUGUGCCGUAGUCCGGAUCCGUGCGCAUGCUCAGAUCCACGCCUGCUGUUCCAUGUGACUCUGCGCCUCAGUAAAAUGGCUGUGUCUGACGGAGCCUCGUGCUGGUUCGAUCGGAUUCUUCCGAUGUGACAGACGCACGGUGCACACGCUUGGUGUGGCACUUCAAUUCAUUCCUCCGGGGGAGGGGGUCCUUCUAUUUAUUUCAUAUUAAAUCACGUAACUUUUUUUUCCUUUAAAACUCAGAAAACUGGACAGAAGGAGAAGAAGACCGGGUCCGGUCUGUAAGGCAGAGGUGGGGGGAGGAAUGAUCCGGGACACGGGUACAUUGUUCAAAUAAUAGUGUUUCUAUCCAGUGGUGUUCUGGUUGUGUUCGAGUGGAAGAACUGACUCCUUUCAACAAGGAAAAGGAGACAGAUCGCUAGGGAGAGGAGAGAGAGAGUGAGAGAGAGAGAGAAAGUGGGAGAGAAAUAGAGCGGGGGAAUAAUGGCCGCUCAGGUCGCUGCGCUGAGCGCGAGCCCGGCCGUCGAGCUGAAGAAACCGGACACGCAGGAGGACUCGAUACCGGGAGACGUGCAGCAGGAGACUAUGGAUAACGGCGGAUCUCCGGGACAGAAAGACCUCAAUGACGGCGCGGAGGUAGCGAAUGCACCGGGAGGAGGAAGAAGAAGAAGAGGUGGAGGUGGUGGUGGUGGUGGAGCAGUAGAAGGAGGAGGAGGAGGAGGAGACCCUGAGAUGAAAAACGGCGACAGUUCGUCCCGGAUGAACAGCAGUACUAAUAACAACCAGAACGACCUAGACGCGAGCAGUCACCCGGGCGUUGCUCAUCAGCACCCGAGCGUUUUCCCUCCACCGCCGUACGGCUGCAACCAGCACUACAACCGGGGCCCUUUUCAUCAACAUGGCGGACAACAAAGCCCUGGCAUGGCACCGGGCAAUAUAAUGGAGCCUUAUCCGACCAACUCGCACGAUCCCGGCUUCCCCAACCACUACAACAACAGCAGCAGCAACAAUUAUGGGCCUUUUCCCAACCGGACUCAGUAUCAGAGCCAGAGUUAUGGCGUGAGUUCGCCGCGCACUAGUCAGCCGAGUCAGGCAGGAAAGCCUCCGCCGCAGCCCCUUCAGGCAGCAGGAACUCUUAUGGCGGGUUCUUUUAAUAAUCAGAGGUAUAACAUGAGCAACCCUCAGCCGACCCCUACUCCAACUUUAAACCAGCUCCUGACCUCACCUACCGCCAACAGGGGCUACCAGAACUACCCCCCGAGUGACUAUAACAGUCAGGACGGGACGAGUAAAGGAGCCGGCGACAUGAGCAGCACUAAUCCCUAUGGAGGGGGUCAUCAUCCGCCCUGGCAACAAAGGGGCCACCACGCGCCCCCCGGGAGCCCCGGAAGCAGCAGCGCUCACGCGCUCAACAGGAAUCAGACCCCCGGCCCAAUGGACCAAGUGGUGAAGAUCAGGGGCCAGCAUUAUGGAGCAGGGAAUCCUUUCUCUCAGCAAGGGCCUCCACCAGGUGCUCAGCAAGGGCCUCCUUACCCGGGCCAAGGCUAUGGUUCCCCAGGACCACAGAGAUACCCAAUGGGUCUGCAGGUGCGCACCCCUGGUGCUAUGGGAGGUAUGCAGUAUGGACAGCAGAUGGGUUAUGGACAGCAAGGCCCAGGAGCUUAUGGACCGAACCAAGGAGGAGGCUACUAUGGCCAGCAGAACCCUCUUACUCCCCAUGGAGGACUUCAGCAGGGUUCGUACCCUCAGCAGCAUUCCACUGGCCCAGGCUCCCAGCAUCCAUACUCCCAACCUUCAUCGGGUCCUCCUCUGUCACAGGGUGGGCCUCCUUACUCUCAGCAACCCCAGGGCCAGUCUUCAUACCUGCAGUCUCCACAUUCCCAGGCUGGCCAGACACCUUACCCCCAAUCCCAGGCUCUUUCUCAGUCACAGGGAACACCUCAGUCAGCUCAGGUGCCUCAGCAGCAGUCCGGGUUCUCCCAAACACCGCCUGGUUCUGGACAGCAGCCGCCACCUCCUUCUCAACAACAACAGAGCGCAACUCCACAGCAGCAGCCCAACGUAGGACCUCCCCAGCAAUCCCAGCAGCCCAUGGGUCAUGGUCCUCCUCCUGCACAGGGUCACCAGCCCUCACCCUAUUCCCAAACGCCACCAACACAGCCUCAGCCACAGCAGACACCAUUCCAGCGCUUCCCAACUCCACAGCAGGAGCUAUCCCAAGACUCGUUCAGUUCUCACACUUCUGGUCCUACCUCAAACCAGCCCAUUGUCUCCAGUAAGAGCGGUACAGAGGAUAGCAUGCAGGGACGUCCCUCAAGUCUGCCGGACCUUGGGUCUAUUGAUGACCUGCCCACUGGUACGGAUGGUGCGCUGAGUCCAGGUGUCAGCACAUCUGGUGUUUCGAGUAGUCAGGGCGAGCAAAGCAACCCAGCUCAGUCUCCUUUCUCCCCACACACCUCACCUCACAUGCCGGGCAUCCGUGGGCCUUCACCAUCGCCUGUGGGCUCACCCGCCAGUGCCACGCCUUCUCGGUCUGGACCCCUUUCACCUGCUGGAAGCCAGAUGCCUCCCAGACCUUCCAGUGUUCAGUCUGAUGGAAUCUUGCAUUCUUCCAUAAACCAGUCUGCUGUGGGCCAGGAGAGAGUCUACAUGCGCAACACACAGAUGCCUGUUUACGGCUCUCCUCAGCCUGCGUCUGCCUUAUCGCCACGCCCACAAUCUGGUGGCCAGGUGCAUGCUGGGAUGGGUCAUUAUCCUCAAAACAACUCUAUGGGCAGCUAUGGGCCACACGGAGGGCAGUAUGUUUCUCAAGGUUAUCCGAGACAGCCAGGCUAUGGUGGUAUUCCUGGUCCUAACUAUGCUGGAGGUCCGAGCAUGGGCAACCCUAUAAAUCCCAUGUCAGGACAGGGAGGAGGGGGUGCGUAUAGCGGUAUGCCUCCAGGGCGCAUGGGUUCGAGGCCAUACGGUCCUGGCAUGAGUCCCAACAUGGGUGCAAUUCCACCUCAGGUGGCUUCAGGCAUGUGCCCUCCACCUGGCAUGAACAGAAAAGCUCAAGAUCCGCCAUCAGCAGGCAUGCACCAUGGUCCAUUGAACUCUAUACACAGGCCUCCUGGUUAUCCCGGAAUGAACCAGGGAAUGAUGGGAGCUGGAUCUCCGUAUGCACCACCUGUGAACAGUAUACAUGGGAUGAUGAACCAGGCAGGGCCAUACCCCAUGGGAGGCAACAUGGCCAACAACUCAGCAGGUAUAGCUCCCAGUCCAGAGUUUGGCAUGGAUAAAAUCAACCAAAACCAGAAGAUGAAUAAUAAAGUUGAUGGGACUCCCAAAACAGAAUCAAAAAAGAAGUCAAAUUCGUCUACCACUACAAAUGAGAAAAUAACCCGGCUCUAUGAGUUGGGCACUGAGCCAGACAGGAAGAUGUGGGUGGACCGUUACCUGGCAUUUGCUGAGGAGAAAGCCAUGGGCUUGACCAACCUGCCGGCGGUGGGCCGAAAGCCUCUCGACCUCUUUCGCCUCUACGUAUCUGUUAAAGAGAUUGGUGGCCUUACACAGGUGAAUAAAAAUAAAAAGUGGAGGGAGUUGGCGACAAACCUGAAUGUUGGAACGUCUAGUAGUGCAGCUAGUUCACUAAAGAAGCAGUACAUUCAGUGUCUGUAUGCCUUCGAAUGCAAGAUCGAGCGCGGUGAGGACCCACCUCCAGAGAUUUUCAACAAUGACACAAAAAAGAACCAGGCGAAGGUACAGCCUCCAUCUCCAGCGGGAUCUGGAUCUUUACAGGGCCCUCAAACUCCACAGUCAACAAGCAGCUCCAUGACUGAAGGAAAUGAUCUUAAACCCCCUACACCUGCAUCAACACCCCACAGCCAGAUGCCCCCUAUGCCUGGUGUGCGGAGCAGUGUAAGUGUUCAAGAUCCAUUUGCUGAUAAUGGAGAUCCUGCCUUUGCCAGAAGGAGCUCAGUGACGCCCAAUUCCAGCUUUCAGCCUGGAAUGGGGGGGCCACCUGACAUAAUAAGUCGUUUAGGACAAUAUGAACCUAAUAAGGAUCCUUUUGGUGGCAUGAGGAAAGCUGGUGAGCAGUUCAUGAAUCCAGGACAAGGACACAGCAGUGGAUUGAAUGAACAGUAUAACAGAGGUCCUCCAGGACAUAUUGGUAACAUGCAGUUAGGUCACAGACAACAGUACGGACCAUAUGGACCAGGAUAUGACCGAAGACAAGAGCCUGGUUUGAGUCCAGAUGGCAGUGUCGGUCAUGGAGCACCACAACCAAACACUACGUCAUCUGGUGCUGACACAGGGAUGUAUUCACCUAAUCCUCAGCAGCAAAGGCAUGAUUCUUAUGUUAAUCAGUACCCUGGCCAAAGUGCACCUCCUAGUGGACAAUACCAAAAUCAGCAGCCUGGAAUCUACCCGCAGCAGCCGAAUUUCACACAGAAGAGGCCAGGAGAUGGUGGUUAUGGUCCUCCAGCAAAACGUCAUGAAGGUGAAAUGUAUCCAUUUAGUGGCCAGCAGCAACAGGGCCCUCAACCCUCAGGUGGAACCCAACCCCAACAGGACAUGUACAACCAGUACAAUGCCUAUCCUGGCACAGAUCGACGUCCGCCUGGUCCACAGAGUCCUUUCCCUUUCGGUUUUGGAAGGGAGAGGGGGCCUAAUGCUGUAGGCACAAACACUCAGUCCUCCAUAGUGCCGCCGAUGAUGGGCAGCCCCUUGCCGUCUGUUCCUGAUGGGCCCCAAGGUCCCAUGUGGCAAGGCAGAAAUGACAUGAACUAUUCCAACUAUCCCAAUCGUCAGGGACCUCCCGGAGCUCCCAGUCAGGGUCCAGGGUAUCAUGCAAUGAGCCGUUCUGAAGACAUGUUACCUUCAGAACAGCGAAUGAAUCAUGAAGGUCCAUGGCCAGGUCAUGUCAACCAGAGGCAACCUCCUUAUGGACCCAGUGGUUCUGGCCCACCUGUGUCUAGAACUCUGCAGUCCAAUUUUCAAUCCUCUCAAAAUCACAUUCCACAGGUAUCAAGUCCAGCACCCAUGCCAAGAACAAUGGAGAAUAAUACAUCACCUAGCAAGUCCCCUUAUAUGCACAGUGGGAUGAAGAUUCAGAAAGCUGGACCUCUAGUCCCAGCCUCACAUGUAGCCCUACCACCAGUACAGCCUCCAUUGGUAAGAAGAGACGUAGCUUUUCCUCCAGGGUCUGUGGAGGCAACCCAGCCUGUACUCAAAUCGCGCCGCCGACUCACGACAAAAGAUAUUGGCACACCGGAAGCCUGGAGAGUCAUGAUGUCCCUCAAAUCAGGAUUGCUAGCAGAGAGUUCCUGGGCCUUGGACACUAUCAGUAUUCUACUGUAUGAUGAUAAUAGCAUUUCUACCUUCAGUCUGUGUCAGCUUCCUGGCUUCCUUGAAUUGAUAGUAGAGUACUUCCGUAGAUGUCUCAUUGAAAUCUUUGGCAUCUUGAAGGAAUAUGAGGUUGGAGAUCCUGGGCAGCGAACGCUGAUCAACCCGGAUGCUGUCGACACCGAUAUGUCUGAUGAAGAAAUCCCAGAAGUAGGGCAAAUGGAUGACGAAGAGGACAAAGAGGAGAAUAGUAGCCAACAAACAUCACAGAUCCAAGUCAAGCAUGAGAAGGCCGAACUUAUGCAUGAUGAGAUUUCCAGUGAAAAGUCUGAAGAAGGGGACGAAGGAAAAACUUCUAAGGACCAUGAGUUAUCUACUCCCUACCAGGACAGUAGUGCUGUACAGGUUAAGUUUAAACAGGCUAGCAAAUUUGACAAGCUUCCCAUUAAGUUAGUGUGGAAGAAAGACCCAUUUGUUAUUGGUCGCACCGGCAAGUUGGGCCGGCGGCAGACUUUUGACAGUGGGUUAAUUCAUUGGAGUGUUGGUGGAGGAGACACUACAGAGCACAUUCAAACUAAUUUUGAGACCAAGAUGGAGCUGCUAAAACAUAAACAUCAUAAACAGGCACCUGUCCAUACAGAGGCACCUCCUAAAGUGGACCUGGUUACUGAGAACAGAAAUAAAGAGGAAAGCACACCACACCAGCAAAAUGAAGAGCAUACGAAGUCUCAACCUCCCUCAGGCCAACUGUUGGAGGAGAAGAAAACUGCAGCGAUUGUCAGUAAAGCUGCUACGGCUACGUCCACUGUUAACCAUAUGCUGUCUGGGUGUUCGGCAUUAGUAGCUGAAGAAUCUGUCCAGAACGGCAUGGAGAACAAGGAGGAGAAGAACAAGUUUCUGUUUGGAAUUGACUCAUCACAGCAGGUUAGCAGUAUUAAGAUACUUGAAGACGAGCCACACAGCAAAGAUGAGUCCCCAUUGUGCACAUUGUCAGACUGGCAGGAUGCACUAGCACGCCGGUGCAUAUGCGUUUCUAACAUUGUCCGCAGUCUCUCCUUCAUCCCGGGCAACGACAUUGAAAUGUCCAAACACCCAGGCCUGCUGCUUAUACUGGGCCGCGUGGUUCUCCUGCACCACAGGCAUCCUGAGCGGAAGGAGGCUCCUGUCACCUAUGAGAAAGAGGACGAGGAGGAUGAAGGAGUCAGCUGUGAGCAAGAUGAAUGGUGGUGGGACUGUCUGGAAGUUCUGCGAGAAAACUGUCUGGUCACGUUGGCAAACAUCUCAGGCAAGUUGGACCUGUCCAUAUAUCCUGAGAGUAUCUGCCUGCCACUGCUGGAUGGUCUUCUCCACUGGGCUGUCUGCCCCUCAGCAGAAGCCAUUGACCCCUUUCCAACACUUGGACUUAAUGGAGCAGUUUCCCCUCAGAGAAUGGUUCUGGAGACCCUCAGCAAGCUCAGCAUCCAGGACAACAAUGUUGACCUUAUUCUAGCCACGCCACCCUUUAGUCGCCUGGAGAAAUUUUACAGUUCUCUGGUACGCUUAAUUGGUGACCGUAAGGUACCUGUAUGUCGGGAGAUGGCAGUGGUGCUGUUGGCUAACCUGGCCCAGGGUGACAGCCUGGCAGCUCGGGCCAUUGCCGUACAGAAAGGUAGUAUAGGGAACCUUUUGGGGUUUCUGGAGGACAGUCUAGCGGCCACACAGUUUCAACAGAGUCAGGCUUCACUGUUGCAUAUGCAAGGGUCACACUUUGAACCCACUAGUGUGGACAUGAUGAGGCGGGCUGCCCGUGCCCUGCAUGCCCUUGCCAAAAUAGAGGAGAACCACUCCGAGUUCAUGUUGUACGAGUCACGGCUUCUGGAUGUCUCUGUAUCCCCCCUCCUGAACUCGGGAGUGUCCCAUGUCAUCUGUGAUGUACUGUUUCUGAUUGGCCAGUCAUGACAGCUAUGGGGCUGAGCUUUGUUCCUUUUUAACCCUUUUGAAUCUGAAUGGAGAAAUGUAACGGUGAAAAACUUCCCUUUUUUUAAUUUAUGCAAAAAUCACCUCAAAUUCCACUAAUUGCUCUUUUUACCUUGCCUCUUUAUAAAAGGAAGGAUUUCACAAAGUGGAUUUAACAUAAAUAAAAUGAAGAGAAACUAAUGUGGAUAUGACUUUUGACCUUGGGAGAGUGUGCUGCCAUUUUUGAAGAUUUUUUUUUAAUUAAAUGAAAAGUAGAUUUAAAAAGAACCAUAAAAUAAAACUAACCAAAGUUGCUGUCACAUUUACAGUGAGUUUGGGGAAUAAAGGUGGCCCAGUGGUACUUUUGGUUUACUGGGCUUAGCAGACACCAUUUGUCUAGAUCUUGUUUGGAGACUAUAAAGUUUCUGACUAUAAAAUUGUAACGUGGAUGAUUAUACACUGAGCCCAGGAACCAGGUCAUUGGCUGUGAACAGACAUCUGUAAAUGGAAGUCCUGUACAGUAGAUUGUAUGACUUUUUUUGUACUGUAUACCUUAAAGUGACGAGCUGUAAACAUACUGUAAUAAUAAUAAUACUGUUUCACACUGAGAUAAUGCUGACUUGGCAGCGAAAAACUGUAGUUUUUAAAAUUAAUUUUCGUUCUUAUGUAGAGAGAGGGGGACUUCUCCCCACCCCCAAAGUAUCGUGUACAACACCCCGACCUCUUUGUCCCUUGAUUGUAUAACUUGACCCUCAAAGAAAUCACCUCUUAGGACUGGUCUUGAGCUUCAGAUGCAGUCCAGGCUGCAGUGUAAAUAAUGAUGUACAAAUACACUUUGCUCUCUUUCUCUCUCUCUUUCUUUCACUCACCUUAUUGCGCUCUUCAACAUUUUUAAUCUUUGAUUAAUUAAAGGUUACACUCAAGA